AUGGAAAAAGAUUAUUCGGCACCGAAUUUCCUAAGUGAAUACUCAUGCGGUAACGAUGAUAACAGCUCCGGUAUGAUAGGCCACAUGUUCAAUAGAAACCUUCAGCAACAAAAGCAAUACAUGCCGCAGCAGAAACAACUGUCACCUUCUGGAUUCGGUGCAACGCCAACUAUCGAUAAAAUGAGCUUUGCAGACGUGAUGCAGUUUGCGGACUUUGGUCCGAUGCUGGCGUUAAACCAGACCAGAAACCAAAACGAUCAAGAAACCUGGAUGGACCCGUUUUACAUCUUGAAGUUCCCAGUAUUCGACGGGGACCAUAACCAAACACAUCAUCUCAUGUCUCAAGAAGGAGGUGGGUGUGAAGGAAACAUAGGCAACGUGUUUCUUGAAGAAAAGGAUAAUCAAGAAGAUAAAAACGAUAACAACUCCAUGCAACUUUGUUUGAUUGGAGGAGAAAAAGAUAGAGAGAACAAAAACGAUACGACAAAGGAGGUGAAGCGCAAGAGGAAGAGAGCUAGAACAAGCAAGACCAGCGAAGAAGUGGAAAGCCAAAGAAUGGCUCAUAUCGCGGUGGAGAGGAACCGUAGGAAGCAAAUGAACGAGCAUCUUCGUGUCCUCAGGUCUCUCAUGCCUGGAUCCUACGUUCAAAGGGGAGAUCAAGCGUCGAUAAUAGGAGGAGUAAUAGAAUUUUUAAGUGAGCUGGAGCAACUCCUACAGUGUCUGGAAUCACAGAAGCGUCUAAGAAUCUUGGCGGAAACCAAUGACAUGCAUGGUGGGGACAUGACCACGAAUAUGAUUACUUCUUCACCCAUAACUUCAGUUGCUAACCCGUUGAUUAUUACCGGAAAUGUAACCGGGUUAGAGGGUGGAGGAGGGCUUCGGGAGGAGACAGCGGAGAAGAAGUCGUGCUUGGCAGAUGUGGAGGUGAAACUGCUAGGGUUUGACGCCAUGAUCAAGAUACUUUCAAGAAGACGACCAGGACAACUGAUUAUGACGAUAGCUGCUUUGGAAGAUCUUCAUCUCUCUAUUCUGCACACCAACAUCACUACCAUGGAACAAACCGUCCUCUAUUCCUUUAAUGUCAAGAUUAUAAGUGAGACAAGGUUUACGGCAGAAGACAUUGCAAGUUCAGUCCAGGAGAUAAUUAGUUUUAUUCAUGCAAAUACCACUAUGUAA